GGAAUGUUUAAAAAAAUGUAGAAAAAUAUAAACAUAUUUCGGGCAAUUUAACGAGAAAAUUUUAAUAUUAAAAUUAUUUUUAUAUUUAAAGAUUUAAAUAAAAAAAUUUUUAACAAAACUGACAAUUGCAAAAUCGAGUUAGAACUAAAAGUUUGACUAUGGAGGGUUACGAUGAUGCUAGAGAGAUGGUUCCAAUGGGUGACGUCACCAAUGACGCAAGGCGUGACAUCAUGGGAGACGAGUUGCUGCAAGAACUAAGAUCUGCUGAAGCAUUCGUAUCAGAAGGUGAAAAAAAAGGAGAGAACCGAGAAGAAGAAGGCUCGUUACGUCACACGGGGGGAGAGAAGAAGGCAAACGAGAGCGACGAAGAUGCGACGAACGAAGUUAGUUACAUCGGGAGUUUUGGUUCGGACAGUAGAUUGAAUCGGCAGCUUCGAGAUCCAGAUUGCCGGUCUAUUGUUUCAGCUGGGCGUCGAAGCGUUUGCAACAAACGUGAGAGUUCGUAUUGUGACGAAGAAUACAACCCAUUAUUACGUAGGUCCGGUAACUCUUCGGUUUGGAGUGUUUCGUCGCUGGGUUCGCGAACUUCUAACAACAAACGUCGAUCAAGAACAAUGGGAGGGGAGAAGACAGGAUCUCAAGAUGACGUAGCGAGACUUCCGGUUGAUGACGUCACAUGUGACGUCACCUCCGGCGAGGAAUUCGUGGUGGUUGAUGAGACGGAACCGAAAGAGGAAGGUGAUUCGUCGAAACACCCGUCACGUGACGCGUCACCGUCCAAUCAGGAGGUAGAAGAGCCCAAGAAGAAAAAGAAGAAGAAGCGAGUCCGAGGCUUGGACCUUCCAGUGCAGGUGUUCAAGUCUAGAAGCGAGAGGGACCCGGAGUUCAUUAACCAGGAUUUGAGGGUAAACUUUGAUGACGUCAUAGCGGAACCGGAAGGGUAUUAUACACCUAAAUACUCGUGGCAUCUUAGUAAAGAGGUGUACGGGUUUAGCAAGGGAUGCUGUUAUAGUGUGGCCAGCUUCUUCUGCUCGGUACCCGCAGCUUUCUUAUGGGGGAUUUGGUUCGCAUUUAUCGCGUGUUUGAAUAUCUGGCUAUUGGUUCCGUUCAGGAGAUGCCAUAACAUCAAGAUGUCCUUGUGGAAGGGAUUCUGGGGGGUGACUGUGUCCUCCAUAUUUGAUCCCAUAUUCCAAAGUAUUGGAAUGGUGUUUAAUAAUAUGAGGGUACAAACGGAUAAAUACGAAGUAUGAAGUACAACGUUGGGAUUUGGGAGCAUUGGAGGAUAUUAUAACUUUUCUAUCGUGAUUUCAAAAUAGCCGAACAACUAAUAUAUAUAUGCACUAACUUAACCAGUAUAUAUAGAAGAUCGUGUGUGACGUAACAAUGUACUGAGCGACAAUAAAUUUGAAUGACGUCAUUUGA